CCCUCGGGACCCCGAACCCCAAUGAUCCUGCAGCAGCCCCUGGAGCGAGGCCCCCUGGGUCGGGCCCAGCGCGAUCCGCGGGCUGCCUCGGGGUCGCCCCGAGGCGUGGACACGAGGCUCAGGCAGGCAGAUCCUCGGGAUGGGGCCAAGAGGGUGGGGUGCACCUGGUUCUCUUUUCUUCCCAGCUCCCCUCUCCGAGGAGCCGUGCCCAUGAGCACCAAGCGGCGCCUGGAGGAGGAGCAGGAACCCCUGCGCAAGCAGUUCCUGUCCGAGGAGAACAUGGCCACCCACUUCUCUCAACUCAGCCUGCACAAUGACCACCCUUAUUGCAGCCCCCCCAUGGCUUUCCUCCCAGCUCUGCCCCCACUCAGGAGCCCUUGCUCUGAGCUGCUUCUCUGGCGCUACCCUGGGAACCUGAUCCCUGAGGCCCUCCGGCUGCUGAGGCUGGGGGACACCCCCACCUCCCACUACCCUGCAACCCCAGCUGGGGACAUAAUGGAGCUCUGAGUGCUGGUGGGCACUGCCCCUGCCCACCUUCCUUCUUCCCCACCACAGGGAGACCAGCACCCCAAGGAAGGGACCAGCUGCUCUGCUUUUCCUCCAUGACCUUCCCCUAACAGAGGAGGACACUGUGCCCACAAAGCCUGGGGUGGGAGGGGCAGGAACAUGGGAAGGGAGGCAUCCCCCCCCCACCCCACCCACAGGAGAACUGAAUAAAGAUUGCUGAGCAAAU